CACUACAGUGGUGGGUCAAAUGCAGAGGUCAAAUUUCAGGCUCAUUUGUCAACAUGACAAACAUAGCUAAUGCUUCAUCUUCUCAGGUACAACCGCAGAUCGAUUUUAUCCUAUACUUUGUGCCUACUUCAAUCCUGAGCUGAAGUUUUGGAGGGUGGGAUUUUCAUUGGGAGUGAGAGCCAAUUGUUGAUUAUAACCAAAAAACUACUGUAUUUCUGAACUAGUUGACAUCAGUGGCAUAAGUGCAUAAAUCCAAUGAGUGUUUGUGCCAAAAGUAAUACUGUAUAUCCUAUUAUGGAUUAUGCAUAGUUCAUGUCUUGCUGGGAUUUCACAUUAGCAGGCUUUUACAAGGCACUUUGUCUGAGUAGUCACUGUUGUGAGGCUUGGAACAGACAAACCACUGAGAGGAUGUGAGUCCAUCUUCAUUCUGCUGAGCUGCUGGUGAUGACCGGCUGUGUUGCAAUCACAAUGGUAUGUUCUGUAUGGAAACACUGAAUAGAAGAAGUACUGUCAUUCUGCAUGAUUUGUUGUUUACGAGAUUCAUUUCCUUGCAUGCCUUGUCCAAAUGGAUGAUUUCAUCAUUAUAUGAUGGUUUGUAAUUUUACUGCUAACUUGCAAUGGUGGGUUAUGGUAGCAUGGAGCAGUAUACAUCUGACUGAAAUAGAUUGUUCAAUUUGAAAGAGGAAUUCAAACUGGAAGAUUAGACUGGUUGCAUUGAGCGCUUUCCGUGUGUUUACCUUUAACGUGAUCAGGGUAUUACAGUAAAAGCGAGACUCCGCUUCCAAAGCUGCAUUACUGUCAAGAGACUUGGGUUGCUCAUCAGCAAAACUGGAUAUGCAGGAUUUUCAUGGUACAGUUGCAACUGAAGUGUACAGACAAAAACAACGGGAAGUGGUAUUCAUUCUUAACACGCAAUUGCAGCCUCUCUUUUACUGAUGACUACUGUAUUUUGCGACUUCCCUUUGGAUAAAGACGAGAUUUGUUGAAUGAAAAAGCCAGAAGUGAGUAGGAGUAGCUGAGGGACAAAGGGAGGAGUCAGAAGGGAAGAGCACAAACCAAAGGGAGGGGCACGGUUUUUGUCUUCAGCUGUAACAAGGCAAGACCUAGCACAUGCUUAUCACUUGCUCGUCCAUUUUUUUCAUUCUGCCGUCUCUUUGUUUUCUGGUUUGUUACAUUUGGAGCGCAUCUAAAACCCCACUGGUACCAUGGAUAAAUUCCAGACUGUCCUGCGUUUCUUCAUGAACCAGAAAGCCACAAUUGGCUACAGUUUUAUGGCUCUCCUGACAAUAGGCGGGGAGCGAGUCUUCUCCAUGGUCUCCUUUCAGUGUCCCUGCAACCAUGACCAGAACUUUGCCUAUGGGCUCACAUUCCUGCUUGGACCUGCGGCUGUGCUCCUUGUCUUGGGUCUGUUCUUCAGCGCCAGAUUGUGGAGGCUUUACACUGGGUGCUGCCUGAAUCCCAUGAAGCUUUGUCCCCGUGGAAGAUGCUUUGGAUGCUUCAGAGUGUUACUAAGCAUCUUUACAGGGGCUUGUGUAGCUCCUAUAAUGUGGCUUUCCGUGGCCCUGCUCAAUGGAACUUUUUAUGAGUGUGCUGUCAGCGGUCUCGAUGAAAACCUGGUGGUGGACCUCUUCUGUAAAAACAAGACCAUGAAGUGUCGAGAGGAGCUAGCCAGAGUUCCCUGUGGCAGGUCCAAGUUAUCUGAUGAGGAGCGCAUGGACCUGCUGCUGAUGUUCAGGGCCCAAUCUCAGAUUCUUGGCUGGUGCAUCAUCAUCAUCGCAGCCACGUUUGGGCUUCUUGGUACCUGCUACACUAACUGCCGUUCAAAUGUUAGUUUCCUGCAGCUCACCUUCUGGAAACGCUAUGUGGAGAAAGAAAAGGAGCACUUUGAUGCCUACACUCUGGAGUAUGCCUCCAAACUGGCUGAAAGAAACCUACAAAGUUUCUUUGAGAACAAGGAUCCCGAUCCAUUUCCUUUUCCCAACCACAAGGCCUGGGAGGAGAUUUCUGCACUCUACACUUUCUCAAGGAGCGAACAAUAUUACAGUACUCUGCAACGUUAUGUGGAGAGAGUAGACAGGGACUUUGCACCAGAGAAGAGACCUGUCAUGGACUUGGAGUAUGGAAUUGAAAUGAAAUAGUUUUUUUUUUUUUAAAGGAGGGUGCAAUGAAAGAGCACAGUGUGGAGACUGUUACAGAAUUAGUGAAGGGGAAAACCACUCCGUGUUACUGCCUUGUUACUUUUAAUGCCUUCUACUAUAUAAUUUUAUAAAAUCCAUACUUUGGAUCUGCACAUAUACAAAUAACAUGUUAGAAAAUGAAUACGUUGUGAAUAAUAUUCACUUACUCUUUGACUGACAACACCUUGGAUUUGGUAUUUUCUUUGACCAUUCCAAAUUUGGAUGCAAUAUUUUGAUAUGGUGGAUACAUUCAAGUGUUGAAGACAAUGAUUUCGUGACCUCUGGAUAAAAACGCUUAAUCUUACAUAUGUAAAGGUGAAGCCAUCAUCAGUAACAUGCUUAGUAUUUAAAGUAGUUAAACAUGUUUUGGUACAUCCAAAUGAGUAAAUGCAGGAAAAAGCUUCUUUUGUGUAAAUAUAACUGGAUUUUUGUUCUGGGAUUCUCAAAGUUGUUAAGUGUACAGUAAUAAUUUCAAUGUUUGAAACGCAA